UGGAGAUGAUGCGGAGCCGUUCCCUUUCCAGGCCAGCUUGUGAUGGACUGGCACACCCUCUUUCUCUUUCUCUUUCUCUGUCUCAAGCAUUGAGAAAAAAAGGCUUUUUUUAGUCUCCACUUCUAUCCUUUUCUUUCAUGACCAGAAAAAAGAGCUGUUUAUUUCUCAACUGAUUGGGCUUUAUCGAAGAAAGUUCUCAGUUAAGUUAAAUAUAAGAAGCCAUGGAAGAGACCUUUGUACCAUUUCGCGGAAUCAAGAAUGAUCUUCAAGGGAGGCUAUUGUGUUACAAGCAAGACUGGACUGGUGGUCUCAGGGCAGGCUUCAGGAUUUUGGCCCCCACCACAUACAUAUUUUUUGCUUCAGCAAUUCCAGUUAUUUCCUUUGGAGAGCAGUUGGAGAAGAAUACUGAUGGGGUUCUCACGGCAGUUCAAACCUUAGCUUCUACCGCCUUGUGUGGAAUUAUCCACUCCAUCAUAGGAGGCCAGCCUUUGCUGAUUCUUGGAGUGGCGGAGCCAACUGUACUAAUGUAUACAUUCAUGUUCAACUUCGCUAAAGAUAGACCAGAUUUGGGACCAAAGCUCUUUCUAGCAUGGACUGGAUGGGUAUGUGUGUGGACUUCAGGCUUACUUUUCCUUCUGGCCAUCUUAGGAGCUUCCUCCAUUAUCAAUAGGUUCACUCGUAUCGCAGGGGAACUGUUUGGCCUGCUUAUUGCAAUGCUGUUUAUGCAGGAAGCUAUCAAAGGACUCAUAGAUGAGUUUCGCAUACCAGGAAGAGAAAGUCCGACAUUGACAGAAUUUCAACCUUCGUGGAGGUUUGCUAAUGGGAUGUUUGCCCUGGUUCUGUCAUUUGGCCUCUUUCUUACUGCGUUAAGAAGCCGAAAAGCGAGGUCUUGGCGUUAUGGGUCUGGUUGUCUUCGAGGUUUCAUAGCAGAUUAUGGUGUGCCAUUAAUGGUUCUGGUGUGGACAGCUGUUUCCUAUAUACCAGCUGGAAGUAUUCCAAAAGGGAUCCCACGGCGUCUCUUCAGCCCAAAUCCAUGGUCACCAGGCUCAUAUGAGAAUUGGACCAUCAUAAAGGACAUGCUGAAUGUGCCAGUCCUAUAUAUAAUUGGAGCUUUUAUUCCAGCAACUAUGAUUGCUGUACUUUACUAUUUUGACCACAGUGUAGCAUCUCAACUUGCUCAACAAAAAGAAUUCAAUCUGAGAAAGCCACCUUCUUUCCAUUAUGACUUACUUCUUUUGGGUUUCAUGGUCAUAUUGUGUGGUCUCAUUGGAAUCCCUCCAGCAAAUGGUGUCAUUCCACAAUCUCCAAUGCAUACCAAAAGUUUGGCUACACUUAAGCAUCAGUUGCUUCGCAACCGACUUGUGGAAACAGCACGUAAAUGCAUCAGGGAGAAUUCAAGCUUGGGACAAAUGUAUGAAAGCAUGCAAGAAGCUUAUCAACAUAUGCAGACUCCAUUGGUUUACCAGGAACCCUCAGCUCUGGGACUAAAAGAAUUGAAAGAUUCAACUAUUCAAUUGGCUUCAAGCAUGGGGAAUAUGGAAGCCCCAAUUGAUGAGACUCUGUUUGAUAUUGAGAACGAGAUUGAUGACCUAUUACCUGUUGAGGUGAAAGAACAGCGGCUCAGCAACUUGCUUCAGGCCAUAAUGGUUGGAGGAUGUGUUGCAGCCAUGCCUUUCCUCAAGAAGAUCCCAACAUCAGUACUCUGGGGAUACUUUGCCUUCAUGGCUGUUGAAAGCUUACCUGGUAACCAGUUCUGGGAGCGGAUUUUAUUACUCUUUACGGCACCAAGUAGAAGAUACAAAGUUUUGGAGGACUACCAUGCAACUUUUGUGGAAACCGUUCCUUUCAAGACAAUUGCAAUGUUUACAAUUUUCCAGACUGCCUACUUGCUUGUUUGUUUUGGGAUUACUUGGGUUCCUAUUGCUGGAGUUCUGUUCCCUCUAAUGAUCAUGCUUUUGGUUCCUGUGAGACAAUACAUUUUGCCCAAGUUUUUCAAAGGGGCACAUCUUCAAGAUUUAGAUGCCGCAGAAUAUGAAGAGGUUCCUGCUUUAUCAUUCAACCUCACGAGUGAGAGGGAGCUGAGUAGGAGAAGUUCAUUUGCAGACCAUGGAGAGGUUUUAGAUGGGAUCAUUACUAGAGGCAGGGGAGAGAUUAGACGUACAUGUAGUUUGAAAAUGACAAGCUCCACUGCAAUGCCAUCCAAAGAUUUCAAAAGUACAAAGAGCUUCUCAGACAGGGUAUGCAGCCCUCGGAUAACUGAACUGAGAGGGAUUCGAAGUCCGCGAUUUGGUGGAAGAGGACCAUUCAGUCCAAGAACGGGAGAAGCAAGACAGUCCAAUUUAGGAAAAAGUGGUCAGAAUUCAGAUAUAAACUAGCUAGUAUUUGGCUUGAAUAUAAUGUCAAGUUGCCAAAAGAGAAGUGUCGGCAGGGAUAGUGUAAUAUGAAUGUAUAGGGAGCCUGCAAGGGGUUAUUCCUUGCGCUUUCCUCUUCCUUGAUGUGGGCUUUACUGUAACAUGCUUUGCCAUCAUACAGUUAAUUACCAGGAACAAUAUUUAUGAAUUCUUUUAUUUUA